AUGUAUAUAUUAGCUACUACGGACUACUUCUCUAGAUGGGCUGAAGUUGUUCCACUCAAAAAGCUGAAAAAGGAAACUGUUGUCGAUUUUAUCAAGCCAAACAUAAUUUUUAGGUAUGGUAUACCAAGAUACACAAUCACUGUUAAUGAGACGCCAUUUGAAAAUAAGCUCGUAAGGAGUCUAUGCGAGAAGUUUGGUUUCAAGCAACAUAAGUCCUCUGUGUACAAUGUGCCUGCCAAUGGCCUUGCUGAAACUUUUAACAUAACGCUUGGUAACCUUUUGAAGAAAGUUGUUGCAAAGAACAUGAGAGACUGUCAUGAGAAAAUUGGUGAAGCUUUUUGGGCAUACCAAAUGUCAUGA